CUGCAGCUCUGCUUGCUGCAGCUCCUCCUGCUGCCCCUCCGGCUGCUAUUCCUGCAGCUCCGGCAGCUCCGGCAACUGCUGCUGCGGCUCUUCCUGCAGCUCCUGCGGCUCUUCCUGCAGCUCGGGCAGCUCCUGCUAUUGCUGCGGCUCUUCCUGCAGCUCCUGCUCCUCCUGCAGCUCCUGCACCUCCUAUUGCUGCAGCUGCUGCAGCGGCUCAUAGUUGGUUUCAGGCACUGAUGUCCCUGAUGCCUGUGGGAUGGCCGCACCCGUGAGCCCUGUAGCCAGAGCCCCCUGGAGAGCCUAUGGAUCGUGGACCCAGCUAAAGGGACUACUGCGCUGUCUUUGUAAGCCGUCCAUGGCUGAGAACCUGAAAUCCACUCCCACUGCUGGAGAUGAUCCGGAGGGGAGAAUUAAGAGCUCUGGAGAAGGAGGAGAAGAGAUCCCGGAGGAAAUUGGCCAUCGGGCCAAAAAGUUUAAGUGCAACCAUAAAGACGAAGAAGAGCAAAAUAAAAAACUCCCAAAGAGGAAGAUUGUGCUGCUAAUGGCAUAUUCUGGGAAAGGUUACUAUGGAAUGCAGAGGCACGUUGGCUCUUCUCAGUUCAAGACCAUAGAAGAUGAUUUGGUGUCUGCCCUUGUGCAAUCUGGUUGCAUUCCAGAAAAUCACGGUGACGACAUGAAAAAAAUGUCUUUCCAGAGAUGCGCAAGAACAGACAAGGGUGUGUCUGCAGCGGGUCAGAUUGUGUCUUUGAAAGUGUGGCUGAUUGACAAUAUUUUGGAAAAGAUUAAUAGUCACCUUCCCUCUCAGAUCCGAAUUCUCGGCCUGAAGAGAGUGACUGGAGGAUUCAACUCCAAGAAUAACUGCACUGCCAGGACCUACUUUUACAUGCUCCCAACACUAGCCUUUGCCCAUAAGGAUCAUGACCCCCAAGAUGAGACUUACCGCCUGAGCCCAGAGGUUCUGGAGAGGGUCAACAGACUCCUGGCUUGCUACAAGGGGACUCACCACUUUCACAACUUCACCUCGCAGAAGGGACCAAAAGAUGCCAGCGGCAUGCGGUACAUCAUGGAGAUGUACUGUGAGGAGCCAUUUGUACGGGAAGGCAUGGAGUUUGCCGUUAUCAAAGUGAAAGGCCAGAGCUUCAUGAUGCACCAGAUAAGGAAAAUGAUUGGCCUGGUGAUUGCUAUAGUGAAAGGCUACGCAGACCAGUCGGUCAUGGAGCGGAGCUGGGGAGAGGAGAAAGUGGACAUUCCCAAAGCCCCAGGGCUGGGGCUGGUCCUAGAGAGGGUCCAUUUUGAAAGUUACAAUAGGCGUUUUGGAAACGAUGGGCUGCAUGAACCUCUGGAUUGGGUGGAGGAGGAAGAGAAGAUGACCAUUUUCAAAGAGCAAUAUAUCUAUUCUACUAUAAUCAAGACGGAAAUGGAGGAGAAGUCCAUGGUCAACUGGCUGAAUACCCUCCCGAUACAUGAUUUUACUGCUACUGCUCUAGGAAUGCAGUCAAAUACCACAGAACCAAAGGAUGACUCUAAACUGGACAGCAGCGAUGGAGGAAAGAUCGACUCAGAUUGAAAUAGCAAAGGAAGCUGCGGAGAGUAUAGGACUUUGUAACAAACCCAGGGGCCUUUCUGAGUCCAAAGCCUUGCAACUCAGCCAUGUUGACAUGCUCAUUCACCGUGACCAGUUAUUAAUGGUGGAAAGGAUUUGGGGAACGAUGAGAUUGUGUCGCUGGUCAUUUCCACUGAAGUCAUUUGAUCCGGGAUACUUGAAAAUUUAUGCCUAAAUGCAAUUAUUAGAUUUGAGCUUCAGGAUCUCAAAUGAUAACUUUUAGAAUUUUAAUCACAGUAAUAAACUGCCUAAAAUCUUAUAUCCAGAUCAAAAUGA